AAAGAAAAAAAAAAAGAAAAAUAUCUGGAAAUGGAGGAAGACGCAUCGAUGAAGUUCUUCUCGGAUCAAAACACCUCUUACGCUGACAUCCUUCCUCCUCGCGAAGCUCGUGCUAGAAUCGAAGUGUCUGUCCUCAAUCUCCUCAGAGCUUUGAAUUCUCCAGAUCCAGCCAUCUCUCAUCUCUCCCUGAUCAAUAGGAAGAGAAGCAAUAGCUGUGUAAACCAAGGCAUACUCACAGACGUUUCCUACAUAUUCCUCUCUACUUCCUUUACCAAAAGCUCCUUGACCAAUGCUAAAACUGCCAAAGCUUUCGUGCGCGUGUGGAAAGUUAUGGAGAUGUGCUUUCAGAUUCUGCUUCAAGAGAAACGAGUCACUCAAAGAGAGCUCUUCUAUAAACUGCUUUGUGAUUCACCUGACUUAUUUUCUUCUCAGGUUGAAGUCAACCGAAGCGUCCAAGAUGUGGUAGCUCUUUUGCGUUGCAGUAGAUUCAGUCUUGGGAUUAUAGCUUCUACCAGAGGCCUUGUUGCUGGAAGGUUAUCCCUUCAAGAACCAGGUAAGGAACCUGUAGACUGUUCAGCCUGUGGCUCUUCUGGUUUUCCUAUUUCAGGAGACUUGAAUUUGCUUGACACCACCAUCAUGACAAGCGAUGCUCGCUACAUCAUUCUUGUGGAAAAGCAUGCGAUAUUUCAUCGCCUUGUGGAGGAUCGCGUGUUCAAUCACAUUCCUUGUGUGUUCAUCACCGCAAAAGGGUAUCCGGACAUUGCCACAAGGUUUUUCCUUCAUCGGAUGAGCAAUACAUUUCCUCAUCUGCCAAUUCUUGCUCUAGUAGAUUGGAAUCCAGCUGGGUUAGCUAUACUAUGCACCUUCAAGUUUGGGAGCAUAGGAAUGGGUCUUGAAGCUUACAGAUAUGCUUGCAAUGUUAAGUGGAUCGGGCUCAGAGGAGAUGAUCUUAACCUGAUACCCGAAGAGUCUUUGGUUCCUCUCAAGGCUAAGGACUCGCAGAUUGCUAAAAGCUUAUUGUCCUCCAAAAUCUUGCAGGAGAACUACAGAGAGGAGUUGUCACUGAUGAUCGAAACUGGUAAGAGAGCUGAAAUUGAGGCUCUGUAUUGCCAUGGUUAUAACUAUCUCGGGAAGUAUAUAGCCACCAAGGUCGUUCAGGGCAAAUACAUAUAACACUUCACACACCAGCGUUUAAUUUCCACAAACGCAAUAGAGAAGAGUUUGUUCUAUAUCUGCUCUUAAAUAAAAGAGAUAUUAGCUCGACUUAUUAUGGUGAAGUUUAAAUGCAGACUCUCAUAAUAUAAUCCCAGUAUGAA